CGGGAAUCAUCACCAAGUGCCCAAAUAGUUUAGUAGAAGUCAGCAUCGAACCUACAAUGCCUGUCAUAUGUUGAAAUGGGAGAUUAUUAAUAUAAAGACACCCUCAUCAUUUUUCCCGUUACCAAGAUCGUCCCAUCGUAUACUAAGCAAGCAGUUAAAGAAGCGCGAUACGCGAAUGCCACCUAUCUCUUCAUCACGGAAUUCUCCCUGGUGAAUAAAUAAUCGCAUCAAUACCUAAGGUUAUGAACAAUCCUAAAUACACGCUGUAAUAUUAGUAUAAGGCAAAGCCUUCGCAUGCGGUCCGGCUCAUCGAGCCUCACGUCCGCCACUAAACGCUACUAUGUAGGUACCUACGUAAAAGCCCUGAACGUACUAACGUUAAGGGGGGAGGGGGGGUGGACUACGGAAGCUAACCUUCCCUACCGAAUUGGGACGAGUUCACAGAAGUAUGAAGAUUCUAUUCGCGGGAUAAUUGAUCAGGACCCUGACGCGUAUCCACUUAUUCUUUUCGAGUCCACCGUCUCGCUCUAGAUUCCCUAUUCGCAAGACGGUGGAUAGCUCAGCUGCGUCCGAGACGAGAAAAAAAGUAUCGACUCACGAUGUCGUCUGAGUUCUAGAUGCGAACUACCUAUUUGGUGAUUUUUCUGGGAACGUGUCAUGCCCGUAUGGGGUGACAUUGGCUCCCCCUGACUUGCGGGUAUGUAGGUACAGAUUGCUCAUAAAUGAAGAUAAAUAAAUGCCCACACGUAUCCGUACGACGAACAGAAUCAGCUGUGUAGAGCCGCCUACCUUUCGCACCAAGUACAAGGUCCGGAUUAGACGACUUCUGGUUCUGGAGAUGAAGUUCCUCGCAACACUACAGCUGCUCGCGGCGGCUGCCGAGGCCGCCCUAACAUGGCAGAAUGUGAAGAUCGGUGGAGGUGGUGGUUUCGUGCCCGGUAUCGUUUUUCACCCAACGGUUAAAGGCGUGGCAUAUGCCCGGACAGAUAUCGGCGGUCUAUAUCGUCUUAACAACGACGAUUCGUGGACAGCUAUCACAGACGGUAUCACGGAUAAUGAAAACUGGCAUAACUGGGGUGUUGAUGCCCUUGCUCUCGACCCGCAAGAUGCGAACAUAGUAUAUGCCGCAGUUGGAAUGUACACGAACGACUGGGACCCGAAAUCUGGUUCUAUAAUACGCAGUAGCGACAAAGGAGCUACAUGGAAGGUAACCAACUUACCUUUUAAGGUUGGUGGAAAUAUGCCGGGUCGAGGUAUGGGUGAACGUCUUGCUGUCGACCCGGCCAACUCCAAAAUCCUGUACUUUGGAGCUCGCAGUGGUAAUGGACUAUGGAAAAGUACAGACGGUGGUGCAACAUUUUCCAAAGUGUCUUCCUUUACUGCCGUGGGAACUUUCAUCCCUAACCCUAAUGACGUUGGAGGUUACAAUGGAGACAAACAAGGGUUAGCGUUUGUUACAUUCGACUCUACCAGCGGUACGACAGGCGGCGCCACCAAGAGGAUCUUCGUAGGUACGGCUGAUAACACUACCGCGAGUGUUUAUGUAUCUGAGGACGCUGGUGCCACAUGGAAUCCCGUAAAGGGACAGCCAGGCACUUACUUCUCUCAUAAGUGCGUCCUUCAACCAAAGGAGAAAGCAUUGUAUCUCACGUACAGCGAUGGCACAGGUCCAUAUGACGGGACGUCGGGUGCCGUAUAUCGAUACGACAUUUCUGCAGGUACUUGGAAAAACAUCACACCGGUCUCUGGAAGCGACCUGUACUUUGGUUUCGGUGGACUUGGUGUAGACAUGCAGAAGCCAGGGACAAUUGUGGUAGCGAGCUUGAACUCGUGGUGGCCAGAUGCGCAGAUAUUUAGGUCAACCGACUCGGGAGCUACCUGGUCUAAAAUCUGGACAUGGGCGAACUACCCGAAUAUGAACCUGUAUUACGGACUCUCGGCUUCAAAAGCCCCAUGGAUAAAGACAGGUUUUCUUGACACCGACACCAAGGAUCUUGGGUGGAUGAUAGAAACAUUGGUCAUUAACCCUCUCGACAGCGACCAUUGGCUGUAUUCCACUGGAUUAACGGUAUUCGGUGGUCACGAUCUGACAAAAUGGGACACAACCCACAAUGUGUCGAUCCAGUCGCUCGCGGAUGGCAUCGAGGAGUUUGCUGUUCUGGAACUUGCUUCGCCUCCUGGAGGAAGCGAGUUAUUGGCUGCUGUGGGCGAUGACAGCGGGUUUACGUUCAAGGAUGCAGCCAGUCUGAAGACCUCUCCAAAUACACCAUGGAUGAAUCCUAUCUGGGCUUCAUCGUCAAGUGUAGACUACGCCGGAGCAUCAGUAAAGAACAUUGUCCGGAUUGGCAACUCGGCCGGAUCGCAACAAGUUGCAUUGUCAAGCGACGGCGGCUCUAGCUGGUACGUGUACUCCGGCGCGGACAAUAACAUGAACGGCGGCGCGGUAGCUUAUUCCGCCAAGGCGGACACGAUAGUUUGGUCGACAUCUACAAACGGCGUGCAACGCUCCCAGAACCAAGGUAGUUUCUCAGCGGUCUCUAGUCUUCCCUCGGGUGCUGUGAUCGCAUCGGACAAGCAGAACAACACCGUCUUCUACGGCGGUUCCGCGGCGAACUUCUACGUUAGCACUAACACGGGGGCGUCGUUUUCAAAAGCCGGGUCUUUGGGCAGCGCCACCGCAGUCCGCGACAUUGCAGCCCAUCCGACCAAGGCUGGCGAUGUCUGGGUAUCAACCGAUGCAGGUAUUUUCCACUCGACAAACUACGGCUCUUCCUUCACGCAGGUCUCUACUGCUCUUAAGAAUACCUACCAAAUUGCGCUUGGGCGUGGUUCAGGAACAACGUGGAAUGUGUACGCGUUUGGUACAGGAUCUGCCGGAGCGAAGCUAUAUGGCAGUGCGGAUGGGGGGGCUUCCUGGACUGACAUUCAGGGCAGCCAAGGAUUUGGUGCCAUCGAUGGCUGCAGACUUGCUGGUAGUGGAAAUCAGGCGGGACAAGUGUAUGUAGGAACGAACGGGCGUGGAGUAUUUUAUGCCUCCGGCGAGAUCAAGAAGCGUUCGAUGGUCUUUAAGGCAUAAAUCUUGUAUUUUGGCCACUAGGUUAAUUGAAUGUUGAAUGUUGAAUGUCAUGGUUGAGUAUAAGCCAAUACAACUGUCCGGACUUGUACUAUGUAAAGCAGCUGUGAAAUGUUAGUGACAAGUAUGUGUGUAUUGUCUACCUCCUG